AUGCCUCCAACGAACCAAUUCGAAGAUUCAGACGAAAGUUGGUCAACUUCAUCCGUUGAAGAACGAUUAGAACUUUCGCAAAAUAAACGAACAGGAAAGAGGGGUAAAAUUUCUAUCAUUGCGUGUGAUAGAUGUCGUCAUAUGAAGAAAAAAUGCACGGGAGGAGAUUUUAUGAGCAAAAAACCUUGCUUGUAUUGCACAAAAAAUGGCGGAGAAUGCAUAUAUACAGAUUUAAGAAGACGACGAACUGCGAAUGUUCAAGGUUUUCAGCAAUUUAUUGAUAGAUUAGUGGUCAUUGAGGAUCAAUUAAAAAAAUUGAUUAGUGACCUAAAAGAAUUCUUUGAAUCAACAAACAAUCAUGAAGAAUUUCAUGAAGAAUUUCAUGAAGAACUUAAUGAAGAACCUGAAUUUUUUGAUAAUGAAGUCAGGUUCGAAAUCAUGGAUUUCAGCAAUAAAUCUUCAGGUGAUUUCGAUGACCAAAAAUCCUUAGAAGAUCCUUCAAAUCCUUCUCCGACCUUACGCUUUGAGCCAGAAGAACAAUCUGACG